UUUUAAAAUUGUAAUAAUACUUAAAGGAAUCUUGAAGAUGACUAUAUACAUUGAUCUACAUUUUAUAAGUAUAUAAUUGAAGGAUCAGAUAAAACCCUUCAUGGUAAAACCAUAUAAAUUUAAUACUUCAUAUUUAUGUUCAAGGUUCAAAAUCAAAAAUACUUUGAAAUUAUGAGCUAAUGAAGUUUUUACAGUAUUGAUGAAAAUUACACUAAAGAGAAAUGAAUUAUAUCUAAGAUAGAUGUAUUUUAAUUAACAUGUGACCACAUGAAUAUUAUUCUGAUUAUACAUUCCCACUUUAGUCUCUAAAUAAUUGAGACUCAUUCUGGUUUUUUGAUCCUUUGUUAACUAGAAUGGGUGUAAUGGAAUAUGGACACCUAAUGAAUCAUAUGAAAUAAUUUUUCAUUCUCUUGUAAAAUUAUAUAUUUAAUUUGUGGUAUAAAUAAUAGAAUUGAAAUAAGAGAAUUUACUCUUGAAUGCCUAAGUGAUGAUUUUGAUUGCAUUGCCUUAGACUGACAUUAAAUCACUGAGGUGAAAAGGGAAAACUUACUAAUUAAAGCUUAAAAAGGUCUCCUACAGUAUUUUUCACUUUGUGUUUCUAUGAGGGUGCAAACUGUUGAAAUCUUUACUUAAUAAUGCUAAACUGAUCUUCUGUAUAUAAAGAGAAUUGAAAAUGAAUCUUGAUGUGAAUGGAAGGGGGGAGGGAGAGGGAAAGGGGAGGGUUGCGGGUGGGAGGGAAGUUGUGUGUGGGGGAGCCAUUGUGAUCCAUAAGCUGUACUUUGGAAUAAAUAAAAGUUAAAAAAAAAAAAAAAGUCUCCUAGCCUGCAUCCCAAAUCAAUCAACUGUUCUUCAGUAUAUCAUAACUAAAUCUGUAGCAGACCAGAAGACAUAAAAUUAAAAGUUAGGAUUUUUUUAAAUAGUAUAAUAUUAAUUAUGACUAGAUGGUCAGUUGGGCAAGUAAUAUAUUAAAAUUCAAGAACAUACAGUCUAGUGAAUUUUGUCAUGACUUGACUAAGGUCGAUUAGUUGUCAAUAAAACCAAAAGGAAACCCACAUUCCAUAUUGUUCUGUUGCAAAUAAGCAUGAUUGCUGAGAUUACAACAUUCUCCCUUAGAUAGGAUUGACUGAUAAAGUGCAUCAGGUAGAAACAAUUUCAUUAUAACCUCAGCUCUUUAGUGACUUCUAAUAACUAUAUAGAAAGAGUAAUUUUCAUAGAACUGAAUGACUAGAAAAUUGUUCAAUGAGUAUAAAUAAUUAGAAGAAAUAAUAGAAUAUAUGAUCUUGUCCCAAGAAGCUUUUCAAACUUUUGUAUACACAAAUGACAUGUUGCAGUUGUUAAAAAAAAAAUACAGUGUGAUAUGGGAGGUCAGAGGUGGGAAUUUCUUGCUUGUUCUUAGAAGCACACUAUGAGGAGAAAGCAUUUAUACUCUUAUUUAUUAUAGUCCUUCUUUAUUCACAUCUCUAAAAUAAGUCUCUGGUAAAGUAACAUGAACUUUUAUAAACCUCUGUUUAUCUAUUAUCUACCUAUGCAUCUGUCAGCAUUGCAAGAAAGUAUAACAUAAACGAAGACAUUUGAGACUAUAACUGGACAGAUAAUGUUGGCUUAUUCUGUUUGAGUUUUGGUAUCGGCCUCAGAUUGAUUGUUUUUAAGCCUUGGGUUUCAUUCCUAAUACCAACAGAGAACAACUUCCAUCUUUUCUCAGCUUCUGAAGCACUCAGGUUAUACUUGCUUUAAGAAGAUUUCGACUUUGAAACACUUUAAUAUUAUUUCUGAUAUCAUAAAAGAAAUAUUUCACCUUUAUCAAUUCUUCCAGUUUGUGAUGAACACUGAAGAAAUAUCUUGCACAAUCCCCUAUAUCACAUAAAAUGCCAACAGAGAUAAAUCAGUUUUAUAUGUACCCAGAGAAAGGAGAGAGAGACUAUCCAAAUGGGGAAAUCAUAAAAUACCUUGUGAAGGAGAUAGAGAAAGGGCAAUCUGGGAAAACAAACAUUUGACUGUUAUAUUUAUGAGAAAGUGACAUUUGUAAGAGUGGAUUUAGGAUUAGGUUUCACAAUAGGGAAGACAUGAUGUUUUGGGAGGAGCUAACAUCAUACUCAAAGUGUAGGAUGUAUUUGCAGAGUCAAAUUAUUAAAAAUUCUCUGCAAAAAUAUUAGAAGGCUAAAAUUGUAGUUUAAAAUGUUGUAAUGGGUUUUGAAUACAAGAUUGAGGAGUUCGUACUUAAUUUAGUGGACAGAAAGUCACUAUUAACUUUUUUUUUUUUUAAACUUUUAUUUAAUGAAUAUACGUUUCCAAAGUACGAAUAAUGGAUUACUAUGGCUUCCCCCCCAUACCGUCCCUCCCACCCACAACCCUCCCCUUUCCCACUCCCUCUCCCCUUCCAUUCACAUCAAGAUUCAUUUUCGAUUAUCUUAAUAUACAGAAGAUCAGCUUAGUAUACAUUAAGUAAGGAUUUCAACAGUUUGCUCCCACACAGAAACAUAAAGUGAAAAAUAAUAGAUGAUUUUUUUUAAUGAUGAUGAAAUCAGAUCAGACCUAUUGUCAUGUUUAAUCCCAGUGAGAGUCAAGUUGGGAGUUGAUAGUUUCUUUUCUUUUCUUUUUUUUUUUUUUUUUUUUUUACAGAGGAUCAGUUUAGUAUGCAUUAAGUAAAGAUUUCAACAGUUUGCACCCCCAUAGAAACACAAAGUGCAAUAUAUUAUUUGAGUACUCGUUAUAGCAUUAAAUCUCAAUGCACAGCACAUUAAGGACAGAGAUCCUACAUGAGGAGUAAGUGCACAGUGACUCCUGUUGUUGACUACCAAUUGACACUCCUGUCUAUGGCAUCAGUAAUCUCCCUAUACUCCAGUCAUGAGUUUCCAAGGCUAUGGAAGCCCCUUGAGUUCUCCGACUCUUAUCUUGUUUAGACAAGGUCAUAGUCAAAGUGGAGGUUCUCUCCUCCCUUCAGAGAAAGGUACCUCCUUCUUUGAAGACCUGUUCUUUCCACUGAGAUCUCACUCACAGAGAUCUUUUGCCAGAGUGUCUUGGCUUUCCAUGCCUGAAAUACUCUCAUGAGCUUUUCAGCCAGCUCCGAGUGCCUUUAGGGCUGAUUCUGAGGCCAGAGUGCUAUUUAGGGCAUCUGCCAUUCUAUGAGUCUGCUGAGUAUCUCACUUCCCAUGUUGGAUCACUCUCCCCUUUUAACUUUUUUUAUUUUGUUUGGAUGUGUAGUUAUUUUUAGUAGCAUUAUAGUGAACUGUUUAGUAGGAUAAAUGUGUAAAAUACAAUUAUAUGUACAAAUAACUUACCACCUACUUUGCACAAGUAGUUGUACUGUACCUUGAUUUUUUUAAAGACUUGUGUAAUAACAAUACUCUCCAGGUAGUCUUGUUGUGAAGACUAAAUGACUUCAUACAUAGCAUUACAAGGCUGCCCACAUCAACUGUACUUGUUCUCAGAAAAGAAAAUAAUUUGGUAAAAUAGGUUUACAAAGUUUUCUUUAAAAUCUUCUAUUAUUGGCAAGAAACAAAUAUUUGAGGAAACAGGUGAUGUUAUAAUCAGAGAUAGAAACAGAGAUUGUAGAGGUAAAGGUAGAAUUCAGAUGAUUUGAGAUAGAAAUAUCCCUGUUUGCUCUUCUGUGAACACAUCUCACAUUACAGAGAACUUAUCACAAUCAUGAUUUUUAUGAAAAUCGUAGUUCAACCACCAAAUCACACAUCCCUAUACAUUUAAUUGCUUGGCUUUGCCAGUUUUUGAACUUUAUGUAAAUCAAAUCCUAUAAUCUAUCAUCUGUAUCAUUAUGUGAUGUACUGCUUUAGCUAAAUAGUUUGUUUCUGGGGUUCAGUAUGCUGAAAGUUACAUCAGUAGUCAUUAUUUUUUCCCUGAAAUGUAGUAUCAUCAUUUUUGAAUAUACAGUCUCCUUAUUUAUCAUGACAUCAAUGAAUAGUGGUAUUGAUAUCAGUUUGGGGGUGUUGUGAGCGAUGCUGUUGUGAACUAUCUUGAGCCUAUCUCUUGCUGCACAUAUUCAAGAACAUUUGCAGUGUCUUCACACAGACCAGACGUAUGUUCAGCUUUACUAGGUAACGUCAAACUAGUUCUCAACGCAUUCAUACAAUUUCUAUUCUCCACAGAGCUAAAUAAGAGUUACUGUUGCCCUUCCUCAUUGCAACAAGUUUGUUCAAUUUCAGUAUUUUUAUAAUCAUCCAGAGAUGUAGGUGAAACAAUGUAUUAUUCUGCAUUAACUCCUGUUUCCUAGAAAAUUAAUUGAAUUGCACUUUUUUCAUAAGAAUAUGACCAAUUUUUUUUGUUUUUAUUUUUAAUUAAUAUUUCAUGAUAGUGCCCAUUUAUGGUAUACAGUGUAUUCAAUUUAUGUGUACAAUGUAUAAUGAUCAAAUCAGAGUUAUUAGCACUCCAAUAUUCUUUAACAUCAUUUUCUUUUGAAGAGGACCCUUCAAUUUCUGUCUUCUAGUUCUUCAUAAAAUAUGUAAUAAAUUAUUGUAAAUUGUAAUCACUCUGUAGUGCAAUAGCACACUGGAACGCAUUCCUCCCAUCUAACUGCAUUUUUGUCAAUUUUGCUCCUCCAAUGGAAACUUUCUUUCUUGUCUGUAGUCCUUUUAUCCUUUCUAUCAAGUUAUUUGCCUUCUUUGGAUGCUCUCAAUGCCAAAAGUCAACUUCUGUGAUCCACUCACCACUUUCAGUUAUGAUCACUGGGAAAGGCAGGAGGGGUUCUGGAAUUUGUCUUCCUACUGAAUCAGUUUUCAAGAUAAUGAAUGGUCCUUUUUUUUCUCAAAACAUGACCAACUCUUUUAUAUGUGUUUAAAUAGAAUCAUAAGCCCAGUUUUAAAUGCAUUUGAAAUUCUUAUCAUUAGUGAAAUUGAGAUUGUCAGGUUUUGCCAACGGGUACCUCUCCCAUUUGUCUCUUGAGUCUUUUUGACAUGAAAGUCUUAACUAGCUUCUUUGCUUCUUUCCUAUCUCAUGUAACAGGAUUACCAGGUUCACUUGAACAUUACUUGUUAUAGACCUGAAAUCAGCUCUUUUUAUAUGAUCCUUGAUUUGCUUGUAGAAUUGUUAUUCCUAGAUAAUGAUCUAUGCGCUAGAGAUGAUUCUUAAAGCUGCAAGUGAUAAAGGAAAUAAACAUUUCAUAACUGCUUAUUUGCUUUGUUAUGUAUUAGAUAUAACUCAUUGUCAGAAUAAUAAAAUAAAAUCCCCCCUUCCUAUUAUGAUCACUAAAAUGAAACAAUUUUAUAUAUUUUAUCUAAAUUCUCUCCUCAUUUUUAUGGCUAUACUAGAAAUAGAUAUAGACAUAGACUGAGAUUUGUAGAUAUCAUUAGGCCACUUGUCAUACAUGCUUAAUUCUUAUUUUUCUAGUAAUUGUAUAUUUAAUACUCACUACUAACUAUUAGGUCAGUAUCCAUCUGGAACAUUUCUGACGAAUGGAUCAUAGGUAGAAUACUUCACAAAUUCAUUCAUAAUGAUGAAAGUUUCUGUCCCUCUUAUUUGAAAUGAAAUUUUGCCAAAUAAAAAAAUUUGUCUCACAUUUUCUUCCGUAGCAUUUCUUCAGAAAGCAUUGCUGGCAAAAUGUGAUGAUAAUAUAAUUUUUCCCCUUAUAAGUCAUGCUUUCCACCCCCACCCCGUGCUGAAAGAUGCGUUUUCUUUUUCUUUGAAGUCCAAUAAUUUCACUAGAAAGUGUCUUUCUGAUGGUAGCUCUGAGUUAUUCUUAAAUGCACAGUGUACUUUUUCCAUAUAUAACUGCAAAUCUCUUUUCUAGGAGGCAUUUGUUGAUUUAAAGUUUAAAAUAAUUGGUUCUCUUCCAUUUAUUUUUAAGCAACUUCUAAUAUGUAUUUGUUGAAUUUUCUGUGCUUACCUUAAAUAUUUUCACACGUUGAUUUUAAAUGCCUCUCAAAUUCUUUUUGCUUGUUAACAUUCAUCUCCUAAUCAUUUUCAUUAUCUUCUGGUUGCCUUAAAGUAGUAUUAACAUUUUUUCUUUACUUUCAUAGUUCUUCUAGUUUGUAUUUAUUAUUAAGUUUUAUUUAUUUACUUUAAAGACAGGGAAGAAUGGAGAUAGGGAGGGAGGAAGGAAGAGAGAGACAGACAGAGAGAGAGAGAGCCAGAGAGAGCCAGAGAGAGAGAGAGCCCACUGGUAUCCACUGGUUCACUCCCCAAAUGCCUGUAGCAGCCACAAACUAAGCCAGGCUUAAGCUAGAAGCCAGGGAGCCAAUCUGGGUCUCCAACUACUCAUGUUAGCAACUGCAACCUCUCAGAGUGCAUGCUGGGAGCUGGAAUCAGUAUGAGAGCUGGGACUCACACUCAGGCAUUCACUUCAGUAUAGGAUGUGGGUGUCCUAAGAGGCAGGUUAACUGUUGUACCAAUCACCCACCCCUGUACUGAUUUUUAAACCAAUUUUUACUCUUCGAGCUAUUUUUUUAAUUCUUCCAAUUCUGCUUCAUUUGGUGUCUUAUAUCUCUUCCUUACUGUUUUAUGGCUCACUUUGUAUGAUAACUUACAUUUUUUAUUUUGGUGCGUUUUCUUUGGAGGAAUCAAACAGAAUAUGCUACUUUCCCUAUAACUUCUGUAGUGUUUGUUCACAAAACUUUCUUGUUGCUUAUUUCGGUGUUAAUUUAAUUUUCCUAAUUCUUUAGGAAAGAUUUAUCCAGAUGGGUCUCCUAAAUAUACUGAGUUUUGUUGUUUCAUAGAAUAUUAGAAAAAAAUGUGGCCAUGAGUUUUUUGUGAUGUUCUGGCUCCAUUUCUCUCUCCUGUGCUUAUCCCUAUCUUCUCUUUCCUAACUUUUGAUUGUCUUUGUCCCACUAACUUUAUUUUUAUUCUACUUCCAUUAGUUUCUCUUCGGUACCCCUGAGUGGUCAGGAAGACUUGGCAGAUUUCCUUGUAAUAGAUUUCAAAAAAUCAAGCCCUUUUAUAAAGCUUUCUAUCACUGCCCUUGCAUCUACUUGCUGUUAGUGUGGGGCAUAACUUCUGAUAAUUCUGUGCUGAGUUUUGUUUUAAGUAGUUUCCAUGUGCUUUUGGUUUUGCUAUCAAGUUAUUCUGUUUUGUGUGGAGAUUUAAGAAUGUCCAAAAGCUGUACUAUAACUAUCACUGUUAUCUAACCUGAAUCUCCCAGAUCAUUUUAACUUUUGACGCAAACAGAAUGUGACAGUAAUGGAGGAUGUUCCUCUUAUUCUUUGGCACUGUCGCCCUCACAUCCAUAACCAUAAAUAGUUUAACAUUAAGUAGCAAUGAUAUAAUACUUCAUCUGUCUCCAAUUGUCUUUCUGCUAAUGAAAUAGACUUUAUUUAUUACUAUAAUUAAUGCAUGAAUAAAACAUAUUGCAUUGCCUAUUGUAUCCAAAUUUAAUAAGCAGAAGCAAUGAUACAAACAAAUCUCUCCAUAUAUGUGAUCGCAUAUUAUUUAAGAUUGCAAAAAUUGUCCUCAAAGUGAUUGAACAUUCAAGUUAAAAUUUCACAUCUUCCAACUGUUUAAAAUUUUGUACAAUUUGAUGUUUGAAUGGUAACAAAUAUCUUCACUUGGUUCAGAGAAAAAUAGUAGCCAAUAGAAUUAAAUAGUAAAAAAAUACAUGAUUCAAGACUGUUAAUAGGAGUGUAAUUAAACUCAAUUUUCCUGAACAAGAAGGUGGGGAUGAUCUUUUUUUUUAAAUAUUUAUUUAUGUAUUACUUAAAAGGCAAAAUAGAGAGAGGAGAGAUAUAGAGAGCUUUUCCAUCCACUGGUUCACUCUGCAGAUUGUUGCAACUACCAGCAUUGAACCAGGCCGAAGCCGGAAGCCAGGAGUUUCUUCCAGGUCUCCUAUGUGCGUGGCAGAGGUUCAAGGACUUUGGCCAUCUUCCACUGCUUUCUGAAGCACAUUAGCAGGGUGCUUGAUCAGAAGUGGAUUUUGCAGGCAUUUGGGGAGUGAAAGAGUGGUUAGAAGGUCUCUAUUUUUCUGCCUUUCAAAUAAAAUGAGAAUAAAUGAAAACUAAAAACAGAAACAAAAACAAAAACAAGAAAUGUACUAGAAAGCUGUGUUAGUUCAUUUUUAUUACUCUAACAAAAUACAUGAGGUUGAGAACCUCUGAAGGAAAAAGACUCACUUGGCUCAGAGUUCUCAGGGUGCAAUGCAAUGGCACUGGCAUUAGCUCAAUUCUGAUAAGGGCUUUCCUGGCAGAUGGAUCACAAUGAUGGGAAUGAAUGUUAGAGGGAGAGAUCGUAUCACCAGCCAAGAGUUUCAGAAGUCAGACUCAGUAUUAUAACAACUUGCUCCCAUAAAAACUAGUUCAGGGUCCCACAAGAACUACCUUAAACUCUUCUAAAGCUAGUACCUUAAUGACCUAGGCACUUCCCACUUACCACUUCCUCAUAUUAAAGACCAAGCUCAAGUAUAAGGGCCUUUGGAUGACAUACUUCAUUCUACCCAAACUAUUCUAGUGGCAUUGAUGUUAAGAUGUCAAUGUGAUUCGGUCAUCUGUGUUUGCAGACUGAUGCUUAUGGACAUUGAACUCCUGCCUUAUCACAGAGAUUAGGGGAUAGGGUUCCUCAUUCUCUUGAUGAUUAUCUUUCAUAGUGAUGAUUCUAGGUCCUUGAAAAGACAAGUAUGGGGUCAGUAAACCGGCAAGAUGCUGAGAAGAGUUACAACUCACAGGGGCAAAGAAUUGACAGUUAGAAGUUUUCCAUAGUAAAUGCUGACAAUUGAAUUUCAGAACCUUAUGGGGAAGAGAAAUGGACAAGUAUGUUUAAAGUUUAGUCAACUUCAACUUUAAGCCUAUCUUAAUUGUCUGCAUUUCAUUGAUUCUUGGUGAAGCUGAUCAUGCUGUUUUUAGAUCAUGCUUGUUUUCUUGCCAAUGAAUUGACUUCCUUUGCCUGUUUUAAUAUUUUAUUAUUAGAUUGAAAUAUCUCAUUUUAUACUACACUAAUAACAUUUUCUCAGUUUAUGAUUUGUAGCAAAUUUUCUCAUUGGUUUUAAUACAUUGACUUUAUAGUAUUAAGGUGACCAAGAUCUAGAAGGGUAGACAGGUAAACUUGCAUAAAUAAAUAUGUUAAAGUAACUGAAAAAUAUAGGCCGGCGCUGCAGCUCACUUGGCUAAUCCUCCACGUGCAGCACUGGCACCCCGGAUUCUAUUCCUGGUUGUGGUUCCGGAUUCUGUCCUGGUUGCUCCUCUUCCAGUCCAGCUCUCUGCUGUGGCCCAGGAACGCAGUGGAGGAUGGCCCAAGUGCUUAGGCCCCUGCACACGCAUGGGAGACCAGAAGGAAGCACCCGGCUCCUGGCUUCGGAUCCAUGCAGCGCGUGGGCCACAGUGCGCCAGCCGUAGCAGCCAUUUGGGGGGUGAACCUAUGGAAAAGGAAGACCUUUCUCUCCGUCUCUCUCUCUCACUGUCUAACUCUGCCUGUCAAAAAUAAAGUAACUGAAAAAUAUAACAAAUGGGCUAGUAUGAGGCAUUGAGGAAACAUAAAUGAUCAAAAAUUAUCAAUCCUAUGAGGAUUUUUCUAGAAAUAUUAUCCUGAAUAUUACCUCUGACCUGGGUUUAGGAUCAAAGAUAACCAAAUGGAAAGUAGAAUAAAAUUCACUCCAGACAGCAUUCCCAGUCACAAAUUUUCAAAUAUCACAGUAUUUUCAGAAAAAUGUAUGUGUAUGCUCUUCUCGGAGCACCUUCUUAAAAAUUUUCAUUUCCUCAUUUUUUUUUUAAAGAUUUAAUUAUUUAUUUGAAAGACAGAGUUACAGAGAGAGGUAGAGACAGAGAGAGAGGUCUUCCAUCCUCAGGUUCACUCCCUAGAUGGCUACAAUGGCCGAAGCUGCACUGCUCCGAAGCCUGGAGCCAGGAGCUUCUUCCAGGUCUCCCACGUGGGUACAGGGGCCGAAGGGCUAUGGGCCAUCCUCCAGUGGUUUCCCAGGCCAUAGCAGAGAGCUGGAUCGGAAGUGGAGCAGCCAGGUCUCGAACCAACCCAAAUGGGAUGCCGGUGCUUCAGGCCAAAGUGUUAACCCGCUGCACCACAAUGCCGGCUGCUCAUUUCCUUAUUUUAUUCAGUUUAAAGACAGAGUGUUCUCAGGCACUGGAUUAGUACUAAAUGCCUGGGAUUUGGGUACUCAAUUCAUAUCUCUUAUUGGGAUGGGAGGGAUCCAACUACUUGGGCAAUCAUCUCCUACCUCUCGAGGAUUGCAUUAACAAGAAGCUAGAAUCAGGAGUGUAGCCAGGACUUGAAACCACUCUAAUGUAGGAUGCAGGUGUCUGAGCAGUAUCUGAAAUGCUAGGCCAAAUGCCGACCUCAGAGCACCAUUUUUGAGGAAAAAAUGAUCGAAGAGGGUAGGAAAGUAGUCAGUGGCCUCUGUAAUUCAGAAACCUUUAUUACUGCACUUGUAAGUAGUUAGGAAUUUAUUCUGUAGGAAAUAAUGGAUAUACUGAACCAUAAAGAACUACAAAUGAAAAUCCACAUAUUCUGGGGGUCCGGCGCUGUGGUGCAGUGGGUUAAUCCUCUGCCUGCAGCACCAGCAUCCCAUAUGGACACCGGUUCUAGUCCAGGUUGCUCCACUUCCAAUGCAGCUCUCUGUUAUGGCCUGGGAAAGCAGUGGAAGAUGGCCCAAGUGCUUGGGCCCCUGCACCCAUGUCAGAGAAUGGGAAGAAGCGCCUAGUUCCUGGCUUCGGAUCGGCACAUUUCUAGCCAUUGCUGCCAUUUGGAGAAUGAACCAACGGAAGGAAGACCUUUCUGUCUCUCCCUUUCACUGUAUCUAACUCUGCCUCUCAAAUAAAGUAAAUAAAAUCUUUAAAAAAAAUCCACAUAUUCAAUAUAUAAUGCUCAGAUGACAUAACAAGCCUUAGUGGUAUUUAGGCAACAAUUUGCUCUAGAUUGUUCAGUUUUCAAGUCCAAGAUGGAAUUUAUCAACUCUCCCCAAAACAGUUUUUUGGUUGUUUUUAGUUUUCCCUUUUUAGUCAAUAUUUGACUUUCCCCUUACCCCCAUCCUCUAAGCCAGAAACUCGGGAGUUAUCUCUGAUCCUCUCUUUUCCUCAUUCUCCACAUCAAAUAAGAUCCAUUACAUUUAUUGGCAAAUAUCUCUUAAAAAUAUUCCAUUUGCUAUCAUCACUGUCACUGUAUUAGUUUAGUUUCUCAAUAUUUCUUGCCUGAAUUGUUCUAAUAUGGUCAUUCCCCCCCCCCCCCCGUGUGUUCCUAUACUUCACAUAUCGAACUCUGCUGGAAUAAUAUUUUUAGAAGACAUUGUGAUUCUUUGCUGAGAUGUGUGGCCUCAGUGCAAUAUUAUUCAGUAGAGAAUUGUUCUUUUAAAAAGAGGGGGUCAGCUCAGUGUGGAAAGCUUAGUAAGAGAUGUAGAGCAGUAGUAUUUAAUUAUUUAUUGGUUAAGAUAACCAGUUUCAUUUCUUCCAAAGACAUAAAUAUACUUUUUACCAAAUGAACCUGUUCUGUUAAUAAUUUAAUCGCAUUAUGUAUAGGUAUGACCUUUUGCUUGUCUUUGUAGAUUAGGUGUAAUUUAAUAAAAUGUACGUGAGUGCUAAGCUCACCAGGAGAAAAAUACUGUGUUGUCUCCCUUAGCUCACUGAAAUGCGUAGUGGCACUCCACUGUUCAGGAUUUCUAAAGACACAUUCUUUAAAUUUCAAAGAUAAUUAAAGUUGUUAUGCUGUGUAUCUGCCCAUUUUGUUGCAACUUCAAGCCCAUCCUUGUAUAAAUUGAUCUGUGAUCCUGCAAACUACAUUCCCCAAACCCUUAACUAAAUUCUCAAACUACUUGAGAUUUUUAAAUUUUAUUUUCCAGAGGAUGUUGACAGCUACUGUGCUGGUUAUUUUUCUGCCAAUGGUAGACCCUCAAGAUAGAUUAAGAAAAAAGAUAGGGAAAGAACUUCUUUCCAUUUUUUCACUUUUGUGGGCAUUAUAUCCACAACAACGAAUCAUUCUCCUGCAUUCCUACACUUUUGUCUCUUAUAUUGACAGAUAAGUGAACCUCAAAGACACUCGUACCGAUUUAUUUUGCCUCUGUUAUUAAUCUGAGUACCCCCAAUGUGGUGCCCCACAAAAUUCUAAAGAUCAUCCACAAAGGACCACGCUCCCAUUUUCCAUCCUGUUUGCAUUUCCUCAAGUCUCUUAAAUUUAGUGAGUCUAUCUCUUUUGUUUUUUGUUAUCUAAGAGCGGCAGCUACUCCAUGAAGUAACAAAUAUUCAUGUUCCUCAGCAUUUUAUUUUUAGUGUACUUAUAUUUAAAUGUAUAUGUGCCAAUUCCCAUGUUAAAUUAACUCUAAAUUUGUUUUUGUUUCCUUGAGUAAACCCUAUCUGAUACAGCUGGUGUUAAUGAUAUAAAGUCAGAACCUAACCAUAAUUAUUAGCUGAAAACCAAUAAGAUGUUCCUCCCAGUUUUCAAGGGGAUAAAACUAUUAGAAUUUUCUGUAACUGAAUGUACUACUGUGAAGGUUAACAUCUGUUUUACCAUUUCCUCUACAAUUCUAGAAGAAAAUAAUCACAUAGAAAAUUAGAUGAAAUUAGAUAUUCAGGUUUGGAGAUAUUGAACUGAGAAUAAGGGGAAAUAGCUAGCUGCCUUUUGGGUAGGAAGUACUCUGGGGCAUAGCCCUAGAACCAAUGAGUCUUUGCUUUAUUUUGGCUUUGUGCCUGGUCCACCAGAGUUGAUUUGAAGCUCUGUUUCUCAAUGAGACUACGAUGUAAAAUUGUGUCUCCAAGGGCUGACUGCUGGGACUACUUGAUUUUCCAUGGAGCCAGCUGUGCAAAGCUAGAAGAGUCUGAGACAGGUCUAUUAAUUUAUAAAUAAAUAAAUAAAUAAAUAACAUAUGGUUCCAAAAGUAGUGUACUAAACAUAGUUGAUUCUUGAAAACAACAUCUAAAUCUAGUUCCACAUUCUUUUAGACUGGCAAUGUUGUGAUCAUAUUGUGAGGUACUCUAAAACCUUUCUUCAACAUCCUAUAUGUUUUUUUUUAAUCACAGAUAUAUUUCUAAAGUGUAGUUUUAUUGUUACACCCAGAACCAAAACCUUUAUUAGUUCCUAUGGCCCACUCAAUAAUAUAGUUUUGGUUAUGAGUUGUUUUAAUCACCAUAGGGUGUAAGAUCUUUGAGGAUAAGUCAGAUAACAUUGUUUUAUUUUUCUUUAGAACACAGCACUAUUUUUUGAUAAUGUAGUAUACAAUCUACAUCAGAAUUAUCACUGUGCUUAUUUAAAAUGCUCAUUGUAGAAUCCUACUCAGAGCUAUUUAACCAAAUUUCCAGUGGCAAGGCACAGAAACUCCUAUUUAACAAGUAUAAUAAAUAAUCACAAUUUCCCAUAAAACUUUAGAACAACUGUAUCAUAACCCUUAUCAGAAUGCCUCAACAUAUGAGACAUUGAAUGAACAUGUUCUGAACUGCAUGAAUGGAUGUGAAUAUAAUGUGUAAGUCUCUAAGAAAUGUCUUAGGUAACAUGAAAAGCAAUAUAUUCUAAUGGUUGAAAUAGUAACCUUAAUUUUGGUCAAGAAUAUUAUCUGGAAGUCAAAAUGAAUACAGCUAUGCUUAUAUGCAAAUGACUGUAGCUGAAUUAAAAUAUAGAGCAACUUUGAUAAACAUAGUUCUUUUUAACAGGUAAUGGUAUUUGUGAAUUAUAUAAAUAACUCUUUUCUACUUUCACCUAGUGGAGACCUAAGUGGAAUUUUUAAAAUUUAUUUUAAUGUGCUGCUUUGAAUAAGAAUUAAUAAUCCCAAAGUAAUUAUUGACUGCUAAUUUUCAACUGAAGUGUAAAACACUGAACAUAGAGUGUAAUUUUCAAGAUUAAUAUGUAAUGUCUCAAUUUUGGAGUAGGUACAUUAACACUUUGUAUUGCUUGGCAGUAGUUUUUGAUUGAUUAUGUUUGACUUCCUUUAAUUUCCUCACUACCCUAAUAUUUUAUAAUUUAAAAAUAUAAAUAAUUAUGUUUCAAUUAAGUAAUAUAUGAAAUCAAUGCCAGUUCUCUGUUUAUAAAUUUGCAAGGUAAUAUGGAUUUUUUGUAUCAUAACACUUUACAAAGUAAUUAAUAGACUUUAUAAGCAUAUUCUAUAGGAUCACUUUUUCCCUCUUAAAUCUAAACCACAUUGUAGAAAUAAUAUGGCAUUAAAAUAGCAUUAAGGUAAUACAAAUUUUGAACUCUAAAUUAAAUGUGAUUCAUUAAUGGCUGCUUCUUUAUAUUUCCAGCCCAUUAAUUAUCUUUUUUGUGGAAAUUAAACCCUUAUAUCCAUAUCCAUUUUAUUCACCCAUCCAGCCAUAUACUCAUCCACCAAUUAAACAGAUACUUAUUUGGUAGUUAUUUUGUGCUAGUGCACAUGGAAAUUUCUAUCUCUGAGGCAAAAAAAAAUGGUUAAUCAGGAAAUUACAAUGAAGUAUAAAUAAUUUUAUUUGGGAAAAGUAGAUCUUAUGGAAGCAUAUAAGAAAGACAUCUAAUCCAGUCUUAGGAAUAAUGGAAAAGUUUCUCAAAGCAUUUGAAAUAUAAUCCAUCACCUAAAAAAAAAAACUUUAUGAAUAGGUUUAUGAAUGUCCAGGGAAGCAGUUAUUACCAAAAAAAGGAAAGAAAAAAACAAGAACCUAAUAACUAGAGAAAGCCGAGCAUUCUUAGGGACCCAUGUGGAAUUCCAGUGUUCUGCAUACAGUGUAGGCCAGGGAUCAGCAUAUGCCAACUAAUGAAUCACUAACUAGUAGCAUGCCAUGCCAAUAAUCAGACCAUUGAUGAGAUCACAUUUGUUCCCUAUCAAAACCUAGCAAAUACCAGUUAAGAAUGCAGAUAUAUACAAGACAUAAGGGUACAAUAUGUUGAUGGUAUCAAUGAAAUAUUUUUAAAAAAUUAUGAUGGUUUCUCUACUUCUUCAAGAGAAUUUGGCUACCCCUUCAUCUAAUAAUUCAAACUUCUGAAUAUAUCUGUGUCAUUACAAUGUGGUUAGCUUAUUUGUGUCCUAUUUCCUCCUGGACCCUAAAUUUUUAAAAAUGAUCAGCAUUUUUGUUCAUCUUUAUAUUCUCAGAAUCAAGUAUAGCAAAUGAAUAAAGGUGCUCAGAAAAUCAUUAUUUUUAGUGUGUGAAUAUAUACGUGAAAGACAAUACUUUUAAAUCAUUACAGAGAAUAUAUUAAAAUAAAACCACACUAGAGUAAGAUAUAAUUAAUUAUAUAAAAAUGAUAAAUAAAUGAGGAAGUUAUGACAUCUAUGUAAAACUCAACAAGGGUAUUCAUUAAAUACUUCAUUACUACAAGAUGCAUAGUAUUGAAGCUAAUACUAUGAAUUUUUUGGGUUGAUUCUGCUUCAGGGUAUCUUUAUGUCUUUGAAGAUAACUUGUCAUCAUUGCAUAAUGUUCUUACAUGUAGGUUCAGCAAACACUUCUUCAUAUUCAGUGAACUAUGGCAAAAAUCCUAAGGAUCUUAGAAUUUCCUACUACAACAAUUUAUCUAUUGUUAUAAAAUUCAAAACUAAAAUAUGAAAGCUGAUUAAAUAAUCUUAAGAGCUAAUUUGUAUUCUAAAAACUAGAUAAUACUUACGGAUUUAUGCUCAAUUCUAGUGCACAGCUCUGUUUGGGGAAGAUACCCACGUAUUAAUAUAUUUAACCGUAAUGGAAUUUGACCAUAAUAGGUAAUGUUGUCUGGUACAAAUACAUUGAGUACUUUGGCCUACGUUACAUUAAUCUCAGCCUAUUGCAGAGCCAAUAUUCAUAGUUAGGAAAUAGGAAUUCUCCCAAGAAUAAUGUUGGAAUAUCUCAGCAGAUUGUGCAAAAGAAACUCUUUGCCAUAUUUUAAAAUAUUUUGGAACUCUUUUUGCAUAUAUGGGUGAAAUUGAAAUUUGAAAAAUAAGCUUAUUGAAAUAAAAGUAUCUUUGGAAAGGGUAUUUCUAAGUAUUUGUCUUAAUAUCUGAACAAGUGUUUUAAAAAUAAAGUUCAAUUAUGAUUUUCAUAUACAACAAGGAUUUAUUUGGAUAAUACUCUUGAGAUGACCAUCUGGCACUUUACAAUAAAGUGACAGGCUUCAUAGACUUAGUACAGAGAACAAUAUAUAAAGAAAAGUGACCUCUAAUUGUGUUUCUAUCACCAGUGUUCAGUGACAUGGAACAAGUCUUUUAUUUCAGUUGAGAAUCCUACAUAAUCAAGUGAUGAUUCACAAGCCCAUUUUGUUCUCAAAUAUUUUAUCUCAAAGAACCACAUAUUUUUCAAUUGAUUGUUACUUAGAUAGGUGUUGGUUAUAAUUGUUCUUUCUGAAAGCCAUAUUUACCAUGAAAUAUGUCAGGUAGAGAACAACAGAGAAACUUCUGUGGUCAAAGGUUUAUUAGUUUGAGACAUCAAGGGAAACAACAUACCAAAAGAACUGUAUUGCAACUUAGUAAAAGGAUGAUGCGGUAGAUUGUGUGUAUUUGUCCUGCUGCUGAGUAAUUACUAGGGUUAACUUCAACAGAAAAAAUGCCAGUUCUGUGUGCAUUUCCUUACUGGAGGGAGGGGCUAUUUAUCAUGAUAAUCUCUGUUUCCAAGGUCAGCAGACAAACAAUGCUGGGAAAUUAUUGAUCUAAAACAAUCAUUACCAUAUUGUCUCACCCAUGGCCUGUUUAAAAAAAUGCAUUGGCUUCUUUUUUAAAUUUUAUUUUUUAUUUUAGGAAAACAAAUUUUAUGUAUUUCAUAUAUACAGAUUUAGAAACAUAGAGCUACUUCCCACUCUACCCUCCCUCCUGCCUAUCCUCCCACCCUUCCUCCUCCUUCCUGUCUUAUUCCCUCUUUUAAUUUUAUAGUUAUCUACUUUCAGUAUACUUUAUACUCAUAAGUUUAACACUACAUUAAGAGUUCAAAAAUAAUAUGAAAAAAAUACUGUUCCUCAACAGUACAAAGGCUGUAACUAUCAUCAUCAAUGCUCAAAAUACCAUUUUUACACCUAUACAUUAUAUUUUAGUACUCUAUUUUUUUCCACACAUCAGAAAAAUCAUAUUGUAUUUGUCUUUUUGGGACUGGCUUAUUUCACUAAAUAUACUUGUUGUUGCACCUUUUUUUUUUUUUUUUUUUUUGCAAAAGACUUGAUUUCAUUCUUUUUUAUGGCUGAGUAGUAUUCCAUACCAUAUAUACAUAUGUGUGUGUGUGUAUGUGUGUGUGUGUAUAAUUUUCCAGUCAUCAAUUGAUGGACAUCUAGGUAAAUUCCAUAUCUUAGCUAUUGUAACUUGAGCUGCAAUAAACAUGGGGGUACAGAUAACUCUUUUAUAUGUUCAUAUGCUAAUUUCAAUUCCACUGGGUAAAUAACCAGUAGUGGGAUUGCUGGGUCCUAUGGUAUUUCUAUUUUCAGCUUUCUUAGGUAUCUUCACACUGUCUUUCUCAAUGGCUAUACUAGUUUACAUUCCCAACAACAGUGGAUGAAGGUACCGUUUCCCGCACAUCCUUGCCACCAUUACAGUGUUUUGAUUUAUCUUUGAGAGCUAUUAUAACUGGGUGAAACCUCAUUAUGGUUGUGAUUGCAUUUACCUGAUGGCUAAUGAUCCUGAGCAUCCUUUCAUGUGUCUUUUGGCCAUUUGAAUAUUCUGUCUUGAAAAAUGCUUGUUCAAGUCUUUUGCCCAUUUCUUAACUGGAAUGUUUGUUUUGUUGUUGUUGUUGAGUUUCUUGAGCUCUUAAUACAUGCUGGAUAUUAAUCUUUUAUCAGUUUCAUAGUUUGCAGAUAUUUUCUCCCAUUCUGUCACUUGCCUCUUCACUUUGCUGACUAUUUCCUUUGUAGUGCAGAAAUUCCUCAGGUUGGUGUAAUCUCAUUUGUCAAUUUUAUCUUUGAUUGCCUGUGAUUCUGGGGUGUUUUCCAAGAAGUAUUUGCCUAUGCCAAUGUCCUGUAGAGUUUCCCCAAUAUUCUUUAGGAAUUUGAUGAUAUCAGGUUAUAGAUUAAGAUUCUUGAUCCACUUUGAGUUGAUUUUUGUGUAAUGUGUAAGGCAGGGGUCUUGUUUCAUGCUUCUGCAUGCAGAGAUCCAGUUUUCCCAUGACCAUUUUUUGAAGAGACUGUCCUUAUAAAUCAGGGACUGAUUUUAGCUCCUUUGCCAAAGAUUAGUUGAUUGUAGAUUUGUGGAUUUAUUUCUGGCAUUUCUAUUUUGUUCCAUUGGUCUACAUGCCAAUUUUCUGUGUCAGUACCAAGCUGUUUUGAUUAUAACUGCCCUUGUAGUAUACCUUAAAAUAUGGUAUUGUGGUGUCUCCAGCCUUGUUUGCAUUGGAUAAAAUUGCUUUAGCUAUUUGGAGUCCCUUGUGUUUCCAUAUGAAUUUUAGCAUCACUUUUUCUAGAUCUGAGAAUAAUGUUCUUGGUAUUUUGAUUGCGAUCACAUUGAAUCUAUAAAUUGCAUUCUAUAGUGUGGACAUUUUGAUGGUAUUAAUUCUUCCAAUACAUGAAUAAGAAGAUUUUUCCAUUUUUUUAAAAUCUAUUUCAUCAUCAUGAAAGGAUGUUGUAUUUUACCAAGUGCUUUCUCUGCAUAUAUUGAAAUAAUCAUGUUUUUAUUAUUCAAUUUGUUAAUGUGACACAUCACAUUUAUUAAUAUGCAAAUGUUAAACCAUCCCUGCAUACCAGAGAUUAAUCCCACUUGAUCCCAGUGAAUGAUUUUUCUGAUAUGUUGUUUGAUUUGAUUAGCUAGUAUUUUGUUGAGGAUUUCUGCCUCUAUGUUCAUCAGGGAUAUUGCUCUGUAGUUCUGUUUCUGUGUUGUGUCUUUUUCUGGUUUAUGAAUUAAGUUGAUGCUGGAUUCCUAGACAGAGUUGGAAGGUUUCCCUCCAUUACAAUUGUUUUCAAUAGCUUGAGAAGAAUUGGAAUUAUUUCUUCCUUAAAUGUCUGGUAGAAUUCAGCAGUGAAGCUGUCCAUCCUGGACUUUUCUUUUUUGUAGGGUCUUUAUUACUGAUUCAUUCUCCAUCUUGGUUUUUGGUCUGUUUAGGUUUUCUAUGUCUUCAUGACUCAAUUUUGGUAUGUUGUAUGUGUCCAAGAAUCCAUCCAUUUAUUUUAGAUUUUUCAAUUUGUUGGCAUAUAGCUGUAGUAAUUCCUGGUGAUUCUUUUUAUUUCUGUGGUAUACAUUGCUAUAUCUCCCUUUUCUGUUGUAAAUAUCAAAGUCUAAAAUGAGACAAUAUAGUAACUUAAAAGUCUGAAAUGAGGCAAUAUAAUAACUUGAACAAACAUACACACCCAAAUACACCCACACAUAUACACACCCUACUGGGCUGAGUGAAAGAAUGUCUUAUUAGUAGCAGAAUGUUACUUAAAUGUUUCUUAAAUUUUUUCCAAUAGUUAAGCAUGUUGUUUGUUUUACAUGAAGACAUCUUAUAUCUAAAACUUUACAAUAUUGAUUAAUCUAUCCAAGGAGAGUGAAAAGUUAAUUGCAAUUGCCACAUUGGACAGUAUGAACAACUCAUUGUAAUCCAGUAGACUGUAACAAGUUAUAUCCCAUGAUCAAUAUUUGUAUCACUUAGAUGUUCAAUAUUGUCUGGGCAUUGAACUUGAAAGAAAGGAGUUUUUUCUACAACAAAUUCUAUAAAGAUUUUUAUUUUAUUUAUUUAUUUUGAAAGUCAGGGUUACAGAGCGACUGGGAGAGACUGAGAGAGAAAGAGAGAUCUAUCCAUCUACUGGUCACUCGUCAGAUGGCUGCAAUGGCCAGCACCAGGCCAGGUCAAAGCCAGGAUCCAGGAGCUUCAUCCAGAUCUCCUAAGUGGGUGUCAGGUGCUCAAAUGCUUGGGUCAUAUUCUGCUGUUUUUCCCAGGCCAUUAGCAGGGAGCUUGACCAGAAGUGGAAUAGCCAGCACAUGAACCAGUGCUUAUGUGGGAUGUUGGUGUAACAGGGGUGGCUUUAACUGCUAAGUGACAAAUCCUGUCCCUCUAUAAGGUUUCUAAUGGAAAGAAAUAGGAUCAGAUUGCAGGUGAUAUAGAAAUCCAAAUUUCAUAGAGUUCUCCUAUGAAAUAGGUAAAAACAAUGCAAGUAAUUGAAGCUGUAAUAAAUAGACUUGAGAUAGAACUACAAUGGCAGUGUCUGUGGCUUGUCAUCCACCUCAUCUUUGACAUGAACAGCCUCCUUCUGAAUACAGAAAGGCUACAUUCAGUGGUGUUUGAAGAAAAACCUGGCCAUUAUAGCAAGAAACACAGUUGGCAGAUGAAGUCACUGGUGUUGGGGAGAAAGGUCCUAGAAGCUUCCCAGAUCAUAACAGACAUCCUGCAGCUCCCCAUGUUCAAAGAGAAGUUGGUGGAGGAGAGCCCAAGGAAGCUGAAGGAGCUGUUCCCCAUUGCUGCCUUCAUGCCAGAUCUUGAAAAAUGGAUUCCCCACCUGCAAAAGUUUAGCAUUCUCUUUGAGGUUGACAUAAGCUCUGGGACAGUGUACUUCGAGAUGAAGACAAACAGACACAAGGAAUUUUUCAGUCUAUCUGAUGACAGCAUCCUGGGAGGUGACCCCAAGGCAAAGAUUGGCAAACCAGACCCUGACUUCUUCCUUUCCUAUACCAGGAUGUUUGCUCUUCCUCAUCCCAUGGAAAAGUGUCUUGUAUUAGAUGACGCUCCCCACAGGGUGGAGGCAGCCAUAGCUGCUGGGAUGCAGGUUGGCAUGAUUCCUGAUGGAAACUUGAGCCAAGACCUGACAAGAAAGGCAAUCUUGGUGCUAAGCUCCUUGCAAGACUUCCAGUCUGAACUGUUCCCUACAAGAGAAGGAACCAUGCUGCGCUAAGCCUACUGGUGUGCCCCAGCACAUUGUCAUAGCUUGUAAAACUGCUACAAGAAUAAAAGAAAUUGGAAACCUCCAAACUGCAACCUGCAUAGGCAUUCAUCCUCUGACAUUGGCUUUUUCAUCCAGUGUUGGCAUGGUCCAUUGAUUCUAAAGGAUGCUUGAGCUAUGACUUGACAUCAGGAGGAAGACAUAGUAGAGCUUGCCCGGAAUGGAGAUAUAACUGAAAUUACCAUCUGAGUCAUCAAGUGCAUAUGGUUAUAUGAUAAAGUGAAUGAACAUACAUUAUAAGCAUUCCUGUAUGUGAAUGUGCAUAGACAAAGGUACUUCAGCAUGCUCAUGGAGAAACAGAAUUAAAGCAUGUUCAUUUUACUACAAAACAACUUUGAAAUCUAUGUAUACAAAGUGGUGUUUAAAAAGUUCACAGCAAAUGUGGCCGGCACCAUGGCUCCCUUGGCUAAUCCUCUGCCUUUGGUGCCGGCACCCCGGGUUCCAGUCCCAGUUGCUCCUCUUCCAGUCCAGCUCUCUGCUGUGGCCAGGGAGGGCAGUGGAGAAUGGCCCAAGUGCUUGGGUCCCUGCACCCACAUGGGAGACUGGGAGGAAGUACCUGGGUCCUGGCUUCAGAUUGGUGCAGCGCUGGCUGUAGUGGCCAUUAGGGGGUGAACCAACAGAAGGAAGACCUUUCUCUCUGUCUCUCUCUCACUGUCUAUAACUCUCUCUCUGUCUCUCUCUCUCACUGUCUAACUAUGCCUGUGAAAAAAAUUUUUAAAAAAUUUUUAAAAAAGUUCACAGCAAAUGUAUAUUGUGGAAAACCUGCAUCUGGAUUUCAAGAUUGUUUGCAAGGAAAUAAAAAUCUUGGGGCCAGUGCUAUAGCAUAGCAGGUAAAGCCACCUGCAGUGCCGGCAUCCCAUAUGGGCACUGGUUCUAUUCCCGGCUUCUCCACUUCUGAUCCAGCUCUCUCCUGAGGUCUGGGAAAGCAGUAGAAGAUGGCCCAAGUGCUUGUGCCCCUGAACCCUCCUGGCAGACCUGGCAUAAGAAGCUCCUGGCUCCUGGGUUCAGAUCAGUGCAACUCUGGCCAUUGCAGCCAAUUGGGGAGUGAACCAGAGGAUAGAAGACUCCUCUCUCUCUCUCUCUCUCUUCUCUCUCGUUCUCUCUGCAACUCUUUCAAAUAAGUAAAUAAAUUUUUAAAAAAUUAAACAUAUUUUAUUUCCAUUUCCCUACAAAUUCUUUGAAGUACCCUCCUAUGUUUUAUGUAUAUAUUGAUAGACACAUGCAUGUUUAAAUAUAUAUUUUCUAAGAUAAUAUGAAGUGAUAUUUAUGUUCAUUUCUUUUUCAUUUUAGUUUUCUGAGCAUUGUAUAGAAAAUGCAAACUGUGUAUGCACAUAUAUCUAUGUACAUGCAUGUACAUAUAGAAUGUACUUGUAUAUCCUUGUUACACACUGCUUCAUGUUCUUCCAUGUUGAUGUUAACUCCACAGUGACUGAUGAUUAGAAAGGGAAAUUCUCUCUGCUCUGUCCCUGGAGUGGGAAAGCUAUGUUAUGGAUGAGCCUUAAAAAUAAUUCUAAUUACCUAGCAUUAAAAUUUUGUGCCCUCAUAACAUUUCUUUGGAUGAGUAUUCAGUGAGAAGCUCUGGGUUAUGCCACUUGCAAUUUCUUUUUAGUCUGAAUGUUCCUAUAACAUGUGUCUUGUAUCUAUAUCCUAUCUACAUUAGAGAAUGACUCCUACCUCAGAAAAAUCAUAUCUCUCCUUCAAGAAUAUUGCCUUUCUCCCUUUUUUAGAUAGAAAUAUAAUUUAAGAAUCUUUACUUGGUAAGACCAAGAGCCACAGCACACUCUUGAAAUAAUUUUUUGGACUUAGGACUCUUGUCAUUAACCCCUUUUGUGGAUUUACUCAACCUCUUGAAUGUGUCUAUAAGUUGGCAGACAAAACUUGUGAACCAUGUUGAAGUGGAGAAUAAAGAAAAGAGCCUGUCCUAGCAUAGCACGUUCUUCCAUGUGGUCACUGCCUUUUAUUGGACUUGAGCUAUUUUGCAACUCUGUAAAUUAUAGAAAACCCUUGGUAAUGCAUGUGAUGGAUCACUGUGUAUUGAUGAGUGCCUCUCAUUGUUGACCAAUGUUUACAUCAGUUUAACAAGUUCCUUUGAGCAUCCUGGUUGCUUGUGCGUGUAUCUGCUCUUAGAAUUCUGUUUCCAACCAAAUAUAACAUCUAACUACUUCCUUCACAAAUUGAUUCACUUAAAUAAACUCUUUUCCACAUGUUCAUGUAAUGUUUGUGUGGGUGUCAUGAUUUUACCUUUUUUUUUUUAAAGAAAUCCUCUAAUGUAAAAUCUAAAUGUGACUCAUUAACUUUUUAAAAUUCCAAAACAGUACUCAAUUGUAAAAUGUUGUUUAUAUAUUUCAAGUGAACCAUGCUAUCCUUGGAUACAGCAAAUAAAGGCUCUUGAUGAAAUAGAAUAAAAUAAAAAGGAAAGAAAGAAAAAAGAGAGAAUGGGGGAAAAAUCCAAGGAACAGAACAGAAAUAACAAUACCUGAAUAACUAAAUAAUGAUGUCUAUUUCCGCCUGUAAGUAAAUGAUUUUAAAACAUGUAACAAGAAUUGGGACUGAAGGCAAUAGAAAAUAAAUUCCAAUUUAAAAGGUUCUGACAUACAGAAACAGGUGGUAGCUUUGGUAGGUUAAAGGCUAAGUUUAAUGCCCGCCAACUUACUGUUAGUCACAGCCCUGCCUGUAGACACAAAACUUUCCAAAAACCACUCUGCUUUCAUGUGAAUCAUAUAGGUUAUCAGAACCCCAAGGCUUUAAGGUCAACUGUUUUAAAUUGACUUUUUUGUUCAAUGUGAUUUUAUUAAUUUUAGUUCAAUUUAAGGUUUACUGUCAACUUGCUACCAAGAAAUACCAGCCAGCCAAACAAUACAGUUUUUGUCUCACACUUGACGUACAAGUAGAACAUGGUUGGGUCCAACAAGGAGGUUUAAACCUUGGGCUAUUCCAUUGCCUCUUGGUAUGAGAGUAAGCUAAUGGGAUUAACUGUCACUUGAUGAGGGUGAAGGUUGAUUCAACUGAUUUGUGUCUCAAGGUUGGCUGUCUUUUCUUCUGUCCAAUUAUAGUCCUGAUUAGGAGCUGCUAGUUCCAUUAAGGAAGGCUUAUUCUUGGAGAAGUCUUCUAUUUGGCAAAGGACACAAGUAACAGUGCCUUCAAAUUGAACCUCCAAAUGCCCCCUUCCCUUAAGUAUCUUCAAUAUCUAUUUCUAAAGAAUCUACAUUCUAAAUGACCUUGAAGUAACUUUGAAGUUUAGUAAUUAACAUUCCCUCAUGAUCCACUUCCUGUCUUCAGAAAAUAUUUCUUUUUGUCUUAGUCAUCUGCUUUUAUUUGAAGGACAGUUUACUAAUAAACUACUAAAAGAGAACAAGAAAGAGGAGUCAUUAAAAUAAGACAUUAGCAUUUGAAAGAUAAAUUUUGGAUACUAUAAACCUUUACCUAUAGAAGGAAUUUGCCUUUCAUUUAGCAUUAGCCUUUCAUUCUACAAACUUUUUAGGAUGAUGAAACAUAUAAAAUUUAUAAUCAUUAGUCUAUGGUGUUUUCUUUUCUGUUUCCUUACCUGCUCAAUAAAACUUGGGGUAGGUGUUUACAUAGCAAAUUAGAUACUCUCAUCCCCCAUCUGAGACCAUGGACUUGAUCCCCAGUCUGGUUCCAGAUAACAGCUUCCUGCUAAUACACACAUGGGAGAUAGCAGGUGGUGGUUCAAGUAGUUGGGUUUCUAGCACUCUUUCAUGUAGGAGGACCUUGGUUCAGUUCCGAGCUCUUUGUUGUGGGCAUAUUAAAGAUUUAUUUAUUUACUUGAAAGUCAGAGUUACACAGAGAAGGAGAGGCAGAGGGGUGGAGAGAGGGAAAGAGAGAGGUCUUCUAUCCGCUGGUUCACUUCUCAGUUGGCCUCAACAGCCGGAGCUGUGCUGAUCUGAAGCCAGGAGCCAGGAGCUUCUUCCUGAUCUCCCACGUGGCUGCAGGGGCCCAAGGACUUGGGCCAUCUCCUACUGCGUUCCCAAACCAUAGCAGAGAGCUGGAUCAGAAGUGAAACAGCUGGGACUUACACUGUGGGAUGUCGGCACUGCAAGCGGCGACUUUACCCACUACACCAUAGCAUCGGCCCCAAGAACCAGUAUUUUUAAAAAGACAUAAAUAAGAGUAUUAAGUAACAGUUGCAAAGUAAAAGAGAAAAUAUAUUUUAUUUUGUGAAAUAACAUAGCUGUUCCCAGUGGGAACAGUAAAGCAUCUUAUUAUGCAGAAACACAUUCACCUUAUUUAUUUGAUUGAAGCAUUGGAUGUUUAGAACUCUGUUGUGGAUACUCUUCAGCAUUUAAGGUUUGUGUAUAAGCUUGGCUGAAGAUAUUUUCCUUGAUUUAAUAUAUUACUUUUAAAUAUAUUUUUAAGGAUUAUUUAUUUCUUAAUUUGAAAGAGCAACAGAGAGAGAGAGAGAGAGAGAGAAGAAAAAGGAGGAGGAGGAGAGAGAGAGAGGGAGAGAGAGAGAGAAAGAAUCUUACAUUCACAAGUCCAUUCCCCAAAAUGGCUACAACAACUAGAGCUAGACCAGACUGAAACUAGGAACUCUAUCCUUGUCUUACAGGCAUUGCAGGAACCCAAGUGUUUGAACCAUCAUCCGCUAUCUCCCCAGGAGAGUUAGUAGGUAGUUGAAUCAAAAGCAGAGCAGCCAGGACUUGAAUUGGCAUUCCACUAUGGGAUUCUAGUGGCUUAUACCACUGUACCACAUUUGCUGCUAUCUCAUGUUAAAUAUUUUUAAUGACAUGUUUCUUCUAGUACUUAUUAUUUUUGUAUCCAGUCAACAAUAUUAAUUAUAAAAUGGAUAAUAUCAAGAGAAAUUUUACAAAUUUUACCCCUAUAAGAAUAUUUCUGGGAAAAUUAUUUAAUACAAGCAGUUAGGUAUGCUGAAUUUGCUCCUUGCUAAAUCUGACAUUUAGAGGACUAUCUGUUUUAACAUAUAUGGAAAAUUUUAACCAAAAAAUUACAUUUUUUCUUUUGCUGAUUACUUGCUCUAGUUUCCAUGUUUAUAUUUCAAAUUAUGUAUUGAAUAUCUUUAUUUUAAAUUUAUUUUAUUUAUUUGAAAGAGUUACAGAGAGAGGUAGAGCCAGAGAGAGAGAGAAAGAGAAGUCUUCCUUCUGCUAAUUCACUCCCCAAAUGACCACAACGCCCAGAGCUGAAGCUGAUCCAAAGCCUGGAGCUUCCUCUGGGUCUCCCAAAAGGGUACAGGGGCCCAAGGAGUUGGGCCAUCUUCUACUGCCUUCCCAGGCCAUAGCAGAGAGCUGGAUCAGAAGUAGAGCAGUCAGAACUGCAACCGGUGCCCAUACGGGAUGCUGGCACUACAGGCUGGGGCUUUAACCCUCUGCACCAUAGUGCCAGCCCUUAAAAAUCUUAGUUUUGAAUUUCUAGUGCCCUGAAAAUUUAAAGCAUAAAAUCAUUUAAACAGUGGUAGUGGUUAUUCAUUUAAGUAUAUUAUCAAGGAUUUAUUUUCCAAUGAUGUUAAUUAUAUUUCUUGUAAGACACAACUUCCUCUAACUACAAAAGCUAGAUUUUCUAUUAAUAUUGAAUACUUGACUACUAACCAUUCCACAACUUCACAAGCUCACAGUUUCCACAAGAAAAAGUUAUUCUUAAACAUCAGAAUUCUCAAUAUCUACUGAUGAAUUGUUUUUCUGUAUUUUCCUUGUAAGUAAGAAAAGAUGGAAUGUACAUGUAUUAUGGAGGAAAUUAGUAAGAACAUUCACAUUAUAAAAUUCAUGAGUCUUUCAUUUGAUGGAGACAGAGAGAGAUAUCUUCCAUCUGCUGGUUCACCCCCCUAAUACCUGUGAUGUCUGGCUUCCUGCUGUGAACUAAGAACUCAGUCUAGGUCUCCCAUGUUAGCAGCAGGGACUCAACUACUUGAGCCAGCACUGCUACUUUCCUGAAUUCAUACUAACAGAAAGCAGGAAUCGGCAGUAGAACUGAGACUCAAGUCCAGGUACGCCAGGUGGUGUUCUGGCUGCUGUGUCAAAUGCUUGUCGCUAUGUAAUAUUUAGAAGUCUGCUAGUCCUAACUUUAGGAGCUACAUUUUUUUAAACUUUCAUUUAAUGAAUAUAAAUUUCCAAAGUACAGCUUAUAGAUUACAAUUACAAUGGCUUCCUCCCCAUAACGUCCCUUCCACCCGCAACCCUCCCCUCUCCCACUCCCUCUCCCCUUCCAUUCACAUCAAGAUUCAUUUUCGAUUCUCUUUAUAUACAGAAGAUCAGUUUAUCAUACAUUAAGUAAAGAUUUCAACAGUUUGCUCCCACACAGAAACAUAAAGUGAAAAAUACUGUUUGAGUACUAGUUAUAGCAUUAAAUCACAAUGUACAGCACAUUAAGGACAGAGAUCCUACAUGAGGAGUUAGU